AUGUACAGCUGGAUAGCUUCAUUUUUUACAACAGACGACAAUGAAGACGAAUCUUUGUACGCGAAAAGUCAAGAAGAGAAUGAAAAAGCAGAAGGAGAGUGGACAUGGAUUGAAGUAAUCGAAAAUGAUUCCGAUCAAAGUUUUAUUUUGAUUCAAUCGAGUGAAGAACAACGAUGCCAGUUUGCGUCGUGUCAAGAAAAACCACAUAUAAAAAAAAGACGAACACGCCGUGAAAGGAUGGCAGAGAAAACGUUCAUUAAAUGUCUGCAUCUCGAUCAUGCACUGUCGAAAAAAAAAACCAAACCAAUUUUAAAACCACUUUCUUUAAAAGCACUAUGCCGGAGAAAGCUCUCCACCUCAGAGGUUUUAUCCUCUACCUGUCAUUCUCCCACUGAGGACUUUUGGCCACAAAACAAUGAAUUUGAUUUGGAGACCAUUCUACGAACAGCUCUAUUGAUGAAACAGCUAGUGGGGAUUGCAAUAAUGCUUGAGAAAAAUCAACUCGACGAGGGGCUUCAGUUAUGGCUGGAAGACUUUCAAUAUCGCUGCAAUCAACAGAGUAUUGAAUGGAAACAGAAACCAGCUAUCAUGUGGAAACCAUCCUCUGUGUCAACUUGUGCGUCAAAACCGUCGUCGGAGUACAAUGGAUGGAAGGACGGGAACAAUAGCGGAAAUGAUAUUCUGUUCAUUUCGGAAGUAACAUAUCACAUGCCAGGUUGGAUGUCAAAAAUUGAUGUUUUUGACGAAGAUGAAGUACAGAUGACAAAUAAAAUUGACUUUCCAAAUUGGAUUCGAAAGAUUGAUGUAUUUGAGGAAGCGGAAAGAAAAACCCGAAGUGAGGUCGUGAAGAGACAUAAGUUUCCAUCCUGGAUGACACAAAUUGAUAUGUUUGACACUGAACAGGGUGAAGAGCUUAAAACUGUUCCUUCUUGGAAUCAACAUUAUGUUAGCAGAGAGGAUAUUUGCAGACUUGAAGUUCGUGGUAAGAAGUUGGCACCAGAAGUGAUGAAUGCAUGCCAGUGGAUGGAGUUCUUGGACAUCCAAAGCGAAACCGAGGCUACAGAAGUAUGUCUACGCAGCAGGGGUGACGUUGAUUGUCAUCCAGGUGUAAAUUGGUGCAAUCCGCAACCAGUUUUAAAGAAGAUUCAAUCAGUGUGCGAGAGUAUGAUGAAUGCUGCUGUACUCAUUGCCACCUAUGAUGCGUGUUCACCCACCAUCGUGCCUGCCGUAUAUCAGAAGAGAAAGUGGUUUUUCAAAAACUUCGGAAACAUUCGAAAAAAAAUGAAAGCAACUGUAAAGAAGAACAAGAAAUGGUUACGAAGACAGAACGAAGUCACAAAACUCUCGACGAGAAGAAGAAAACACGCCCCAAAAAAUUUCAGUGGAAGACAAGGAAUGAGAGCUUUUUAAGUUACAAAAAUUAACAACAAGAAUUGUAUAAAUGAGAAAUAAUAUAAAUAAAAGAGCGA